UUAAAAUCCAAGGGAAAGAUUUCGCAGGGUGCAAGGUCAAGGAAGUUAUAGAAAGUAAUAGGGAGGGGACUCUGCUUUCCUCCAACGCCCAAGAGACUCCUUGCCCGGUGAGAACCGCCAGUAGUGUUUCGACCAGUGAUCCUCCAGGAUAACCAUGGCGACAAGACUGCUCGUGUUUAUGUGUUUAUGGUCAAUAAUUUUUGGACUAGAGUUGAAAAAUGGAACAAGUUUUGGCUCUUCUAUCCUUCCAGCAAAGGAAAGAACUAGACGCCUAAUCCCAUACAUGACGUUUUAUAUAGCAAAUAAUCAACAGUAUAGGCCUGGAGUCCAGAACAAAGAGAGACCUUAUGUUACUUAUCAACAACAGCAAUAUGCCAUCCCAGUUCUAGCACCACAGUAUUCGACCAGGCCUGUAAGUUACUCUCCAAGAUACGUGGUCCAGCAGCCUUCUCCUCUUACUAAAAUGAUAACCCAAAAUUACCUGGCAAUUACCAAGCAACCAGGAAAUGCUCGACUUCAGACAAGACUUAAUUUCUAUCAGCCACAAUACGUUAAAGAUCCUCAUUACAAACAACCAGCUGAGGAAGUGCCAGUCCAAUAUAUCCAACAGACUCAACAGCAAUUAGAAGAACCUGUACACCCUCAUUUUAAAGAAGCGCCGGUACAGUACAAACAACUACAAGUUGUUCCACUGCAAUACAAACCACAAACAACAGGAGAAAAAUAUCAAUUCCAGGACCAAAUCACUCAAUACAAACCACAAUUACAAGACCAGGUUGUACAGUACAAACAGUAUGAGCCUGUAGAGUACAAACCUGAACCUAAAGUUCAGUAUAAACCUGCACAACCUUCACCUUUCAAACCUUCACCACAGUAUGAUGAACCAGUUCAGCACCAUCACCUUCCCCAAUCUGAUCAAUAUAGCACUCAACACAUAGAAGACCAGUACCAACACCAAUUGGUAAGUAAUAUAAAAGGAGACCUUCAACUUCAACCAGAAAGCUUGAAACCAGCUCCAAAACAAGUUUUUUUGGUACGUCCACAAUACAGACCUCUGCCGACUCAGGAUUCAGUAACAAUAACUCAAAGUCAAGAGAUUGACAUAACUCCAGCACCUCCAUCAAAAUACCAUUCCACUUAUCAAGCUAAGCCACUAUCAAGUUAUCCGAUAAGUUAUCAACAGCAUGACUUUCAUAAUGAAGAGUCUGAAGAUGACAAACAUUUCAACAGCCUACUUGAAGGUGUCUCACUUAGCCAGUCUCUACCAGAAAAAAUUACCGCACAAAAUUUAGAUUCAAGUAUUAAAACACUGGCCAAAUUACUGAAGUUGUUACAAAGGGCGAAUGCUUUACCACAUUCAGCUAAAGAACUUGCGAGGACAUUUCCAAAACCAGUUGAACCAGGGUAUCCAACUAAGCUCAAAAAGAAACUUCCACCUAAAGAUGAUAAAGGAAGUACUCCUGGACAGGCAGGAGUCGACUACCCCGCUUAUGAUGAAAUUCCACAUACUUCUUUCAGUUGUAAAACCCAACGUUACAAAGGAUUCUUUGGUGAUCCUGAAACUGGCUGCCAGGUGUGGCAUUACUGUGAUCUGAACGGAGGCCAGGCUUCAUUCCUGUGUCCAAAUGGAACGAUAUUCUCACAAGUUGCUUUAACGUGUGACUGGUGGUUUAAUGUAAAAUGUGAAUCGACCACUCAGCUUUAUGUUUUGAACGAAAGGCUUUACAAGUAUAUUUUGCCCCAUAAACCAAAAUUCCCAGAAGAUUACUCAGGCCCACUGGUUGAUCAUUAUCUCUCACUUAAAUUUGAUGAAAUAGAAGAAAAAAACAGGAAUAAAACACUGAACGCUAGCGGAGAAAAAACAUCUGAUGAAUCAGAAGAACAAGAAGAAGAACUACCAUUUUCUUUGGACAUAACUUCGGAAAACAAAGUGCGAUCUGUUUCAAAGUAAUAAUUUAUGAAACAAAUUUAAAUUAUGAAACCUGUGAUGAGACUGGAUGAAAAUUUACAAUGUGUACUUUUAUGUAAAUGUAGUUGUUUCUUUUUAUUUUUGUAACUUUAGUGGCAUCGUAUUUUAAAAUUCAGAUGUUUUAAGGCAAAUUUUCUUAGGUACUGCUAGUCAGUUUAUUCCAAUUAAAAAUGGUCUGGAAAGAAACUAGCAAGCUUAUAUGCUCAAAUAUAUUAGUUUGAGAGUGCCAAUGAUUACAAGCCAUAUCAAUAUCCUACAAAUGAUGUAGAUUUACUAUUAGUGAAGCCACAAAAUUGUAAAUAAAUAUAAAAUCAGUAAUUGGAAGCAAGAAUGUAAAGUCAUACUGAAUGUUCAAUACACGAAUACCGUGCCAAAUCUUUUAUAAUGGCACAAAAUCUUGCUGUUUCCACCCUUAAAAAUAAUGAUGAAUGAAUAAUAAUGAAUUUUCUCCAUUAGGUUUUUUUAUUGUUUAAACAUUGCAUUGUAGCUUUCCUACAAACAAGUUUUACUUUUUACUUAUUUAAUUUAUUAUUUUUAAUUCUUAGAUUUUUAAUUUUUUUAAUGUAUAACAGAAAAUUAGAUGGCCAAAUAAUGUUAGCGCCAUUAAAAAAAAAAGACAAAAAAAUUGCCUACUUAUCUCUCUGCAUUAGCUAUAUAAUAUAAAAAG